AUGGACAAACUCGAGCGGAUCCUCUCACGACCCGUCGCCAAACCGUACCGAAGCAAGAAUAUCAGUGAUCAGUUACCUCCCUAUCUGAACGAACAGGGACUACUGGAUUUCAGAGAGAACGAUGUGGAGAAUCCCAAGAACUGGUCGAUGGCGAGACGGUGGUACAUUACGAUAGUCUCCGUCCUGCUGGUCGUGAACGCUACUUUCGCCUCCUCAUCACCAUCAGGAUGUAUACCGAGUAUAGCAGAAGAGCUACAUGUUAGCACAGAAGCAGCGGCUUUGGUCAUCACACUUUUCUUGCUUGGAUACGUGUUCGGGCCGUUGAUGUGGGCACCACUGAGCGAGUUCUAUGGACGACGGUGGAUCUUCUACGGCACAUUCAUCGCCUACUUUGCCUUCAACUUCCUAUGCGCCUUCACGCCAAACUUCGGUGGACUACUGGUCGGCCGCUUCUUGACCGGCACAUUCGCCAGCGCAGCUUUGUCAAACGCACCAGGAGUACUGGCCGAUAUCUGGGGACCUGUGGAGCGAGGUAAUGCCAUGGCAUUGUUCUCAAUGAUGACAUUCAUUGGACCCGCUCUUGGACCAGUCAUCUCGGGCUUCCUAGAACUCAAGGAGAAUUGGCGGUGGAACUUCGAUGUUCUAUUAUGGCUCGGCUUCGCAACUAUGCUGAUUCUAUUCACCAUCCCUGAGACGCUACCCAGCCAAGUGCUCCUCAACAAGGCGAAACGCAUACGAGCAGCCAAAGUACCUGGCUACGAAGGUGUACGAGCGCCGGUCGAGGCAACAGACCGUACACUUAUGGGCAUCUUCAAAGUUGCGCUUACCAGACCCUGGAUCAUCCUUUUUGACACGAUCUCCUUCUUGGUCGCCAUCUAUCUUUCAGUGGUGUACAUGCUCUUGUACAUGCUGUUUGAGAUCUAUCCAAUCGUCUUCCAACAACACCGCGGCUGGAAUGCAGGCGUAGGCGAACUCCCACUAAUUGGCACAGUAGUUGGCGCCGUACUAGGAGGCCUCUACGUCUUUUACGACUCGUCCAAAUACAGGAAGCGAGUCCUGGCAGGCGAGAAGAUGCAACCCGAGGCACGACUGCCGGUGGCUAUGAUCGGCGGCAUUAUGUUCCCAAUCACCAUGUUCUGGUUCGCCUGGUCUGGAAACUACAACAGCGUACACUGGAUCGUGCCGACGCUCGGCGGUGUCUUCCUCUCUACCAGCAUUCUGCUCAUCUUCGUCGCCUAUCUAAACUAUUUGACGGAUUCUUAUCUAAUGUAUGCAGCUUCUGCACUGGCCGCGAACACGGUCUGUCGAUCUGCAUUUGGUGCUGCGGCUCCGUUGUUCACCAACUACAUGUUCGACGCUCUUGGGGUCGGAGGAGGCGGAUCUUUGAUCGGAGGCGUUGCUUGCUUACUUGCCCCUAUUCCAUUCAUCUUCUACAAGUACGGCGCGAGGAUAAGAGUCAAGAGUAAGUUCGCACCUACGCCAGAUCCGAAAGUAGAAGAUGAGAAGGAGGGCGAGGAGGGACAGCAGGAGAGACCGAGGAGUCAGUAUAAUUCUAGUGAGGAGGAUGAGGCGGAGUUGGAUGAGGAGAUGGGUGUGCCUGAUCCGAAGGAGCUGCAGAAGGAGAUUGAUAGGGAGAGGGCAGGCUCCAGUGGCCAUUCCAGCGCUACAAGGACUGGUGAUCCAUACAUCGAUGCCAGUGGGGUUGAGAAAGCUGAGCGAUAG